GUCGCCGUCGGCCGCCGGCGGCGCCGUCAGUCGGAAACUUCUCGUCGUGCGAAUGGUAGACGGCGAUGCCGAGGUCGACGUGCCGGUCUUCGUCGUCUGUGUGACGCGAAAAUACGAAACGCCCGUUGGCCGUGCGCGCACGAGGAACAAGAGAGGAGAGUAAGCGAGAGGAGCCGCGCGAUGCCCCGUGACGGCUGACGGUUCUGUGACGCGAGUUCCUCGUCGAAUCGACCACGAUCGCCCCCAUCAUGGCGGCUACGGAGCACGAGCCGAGCAUGAGCAACGGAAACACGCCAUAUCUCACGGACUUCCCCGAGCGGGUGCGACACGGCUGGUUCAGACUCAAUGACCCGGAUACGGUCCUCACGUGCGAGCCGCUGCGCAACGUCAACAUUCGUCUGUACGGCAGUGUUAACUGCAGAAUCGUUGGUAAGAGAGGCAGCUACGAGUGGAGUUUCGUCAUCCUCGCGACAGGCGGUCAAGAGUUACGGAAUGUGGCCUUGAUAUCUGACGAUCAUCGAGCCAACUUCUUCCUCAAGUCAGUGCGAGACCAGGACGGCGCGGAGAUCGGCGUGACAAACAGCCAGGAGUGGCACAGUCCCGAGCCGUACAGCUCUCAAAAGAAUACAAGGCAGUACCUGGUGACGGUCGGUUUCACCGCCAAGAAACACGGCACGUAUCGGCAGGACCUGGUUUUCGGCUUCUUAAGUCGUCCAGGAUACCUCCAGAGGAUCUGCGCGGACUACCUGCACAUCAAAGACUACGAGCGGAUACAGAGGGCGACGAGUUAUCAGCAGUCGCAGAUACCGCCGAGAUGGAGGGACCCGUAUGGCUUCUAUUCGCCCUUCAUGCCUCACACCGAUCCGCGAGAGAUCAAGCUGGCGCGGAUCUACCCGUACCCGGACAAGGAGAACUUUGUCCUAACUCAGAACACGCUGUCGGACAAUCGGUUGACGCCAUGCAACUAUCGGGGUCGCAUGCACGAGAUGAUCACCCUCGAGGAGAUCGCCCGGAACGAGCAGCUCUCGAGAUACAACCAGUUCUCGUGGUUACGCCUCACGGCGCACUAUGUGCUGUUCAACAGCGACGGCUCCACCAUCGCCAAAUACACGCCGCCGGGUGAGCUCUUCGCUCAGAUCCCACUCAGUCGGGACAUCUUGGAGGAUACGCAGAGCGGCAGACUUCUGCAGCGUAGCUGUAAUAGCGUUCUACUCAAGUUGUUGCACAAGAAAACCAAGCAUAGCGUCUUUGAGGCUCACAUCGAAGACAAGAGCUCGCACUCCGUAUAUGUGAGACUUAGCAAAGAGUGCGUGGCCUCUUGGAAUUUGGAGGCGCACAACGAGCUCGAGGUCGAAAUACAGUUUGUGUUGAACCGUCUCAACUUCUGCGAGUGGCACUUGGCGGUGGACAGUCUCGAGGACAUAGACCUAGUAUUCGUGGACGAACACCACAAGACUGACAACGAGAUUAUCCGCGGCUUCCUGCAGGUUGACGCUGGUAAUCUCAGUAUCCUCUCUAGUCUACUUCUGGACUCGCCGCUCAAUCAGGAACAGAAGCAAGCAGUCACGGCGAUAACCUUAUCGAUUAAGACUUGUUCACCGCCAGUCCUCUUGCUGGGACCGUUCGGCACGGGGAAGACAUUCACCAUAGCGCACAUGCUACGUAUGCUCGUACAAAAUACAAACAACCGAAUACUUUUGUGUACGCACAGCAACAGCGCCGCCGAUCUUUACAUCAAGGAUUUCUUCCACGUCUGGCACAUUCAGGAUAAACAUCCUAGACUUAGACCCGUUAGGAUAUAUUACAAAUUGCGCGCUUUGAAUACGGUGCAUCCGACGGUGCAGAAAUACUGCCUAAUGGACCAACACGGUCGUUUCCGCGACCCGGUUGCGGCAGAUUUUCAAGACUGCGGUCUAAUAGUAACCACUCUGGCAACAUCCAGCUGUCUGAUGAACCUUCAACUGUCGCCGACUCACAUCGUCAUUGACGAAGCGGCCCAGGCCAUGGAGUGCGAAGCGUUGAUCGCUCUGUCUCUCGCGAACCGAGAGACUCGCCUGCUACUGGCAGGUGAUCAGAUGCAACUCGCGCCGGAAAUCUACAGCGUACUGGCCAACGAGCGAGGAUUAGGCAUUAGCCUUUUGGAGAGAUUAUACGCCUACUAUCCGCCGGAACAUCCGUGUCGGAUACAUCUGUGUCAGAACUAUCGCGCGCACGCGGAUAUAAUCAAGUACACCUCCGAGACGUUCUACGAUGGGAUGGUUAAACCUGCCAACGUGCAACUGCUCAAGCACCCCGUUAUGAAACCGUUGAUAUUUUAUGCCGUUAACGGCGCGGAAGAACAGGCUUCGUAUUCCACGGGAUAUCACCACGCCACGGAGGCGGAAGAGGUAGCGAAUCGUGUUCUGGAAUUGAGGAGAGCAUGGCCGACGCAACAAUGGGGCCCGUACAAUGAAGGCUCCAUCGGAGUCUUGUCAUAUUAUCCCGAACAAGUUCAACGAUUGCGAAUCGAACUGCGCAAGCGCCUGCUUUCCGACGUGUCUGUCGAGAGGGUGUUAAACGUCCAAGGCAAGCAAUUCACCGCAGUUUUUAUCAGCACAGUCCGAACAAGGAUAUCUGACAGAUCGUCUGCCGAGGUAAAAAUCAAGGACUAUGGCUUUCUAACAGAUCCACGCUUAUUAAACACCGCGUUAACAAGGGCCAAGUGUUUCGUGGCGGUCGUAGGCGAUCCAGUUGCUUUGCUUACUAUAGGUUGCUGCAAAGAUCUGUGGAAGAAAUAUCUAGAAGAGGCUGACUUAUACGGGAUGGAUCGAAAAGAAUUGCAGACGCACCUCAAUCAGGUUUCCAAGAUCCAAAUAUCACCUUUAAACCCGCAUGCGAGGGAAUUUUUCCCCAGAGCACCGCCUUUGUGCUUGGUUCAGUAUAUUCAAGUGCCGGUUUUGUAUCCGUUAAUGUAUCCACCGCAACAGCCAAUGUGAUAAAGGACACGAAAUCCAACGAUCUUUUCGAGAUACGGCAAUCCGUUUUAAUCCUCGAACAUCACACAUGAUGUUACGUUAACCUAGUUCAAAUUUGAAACACGUGGCAUUUUGACUUACAUAUUCUUGUAGAUUACUGACUGACGUAUCGAUUGCAAAAAAUUAAUUUUAUUUGAUAUUUUAGAACCCGAGAUACAAGCAAGAGAUAUUCUAACUCAGUGUGAUGUUUCAAAGUGGCGACUGAUGUGUGGUGUUUGAGGGUUGAGAAUCUCGAAAAUAUUAUGUUUUGCUGUUACUACUGUCAGCACAUCCUUCGAUCGUAUCGAUCGUCGCAAAAUGAGCAACUAUACUGUACUUUUGUUAUAUUGAACGUGUGCAUUUUGCAAUUUUUCAUUUGUAUGAUAGUAUGAGUGUCUACAAUGUGUAAGCUGUAAAGAAUAGAGCGGGGUUAUUUUGCCCAGUUAAAAAACAAUGGAAAAAAAUUUCGAAAUAGGGAAGGGCUUCUUGAAUUUCUUUUUCUUAGCUGAACGAAUAGUCCCGUUCUACUUUUUAUGUAAAGUGUAUGCUUAUUUAUGUGUACUACAGGAGCGUUCAUUGACGUGAAAAUAUAAAUCUUUACUUUUUGAUGUACUAAUGAAUUAUCUACUAACGAGUUGUUAGGAAAAUAUACGAUUAUCAUAGCUCGAAUGCAUUUGAUAUUAACGAUUUGUUAAGUUUCUUAAUACGCUCUUUUUCUUUUAUUUAGAUGUUAAACAACAUGGGCAUCAUUUCAUAUAUAUUUGUAAUAUGUACAGCGCGAGAAUUCCAUGAUCAUGUAUAUUAGAUUUUCUUCGGAUUCAACAUCCUCAAUUAUAAACAAAAUGCGUUUCUAAAUAAAAGAUACAAGAU